UGCGGCCGCUCGGGCAGCUGUCUCCGUGGACGGCGGCGGCGCGUCGCCGGUGGUGGAGCCGGCUAGGAGUCUGGGUGUGUGCGCUCUUCUCCCAUCCCGAUUCCUUUCAGGAGGCUCACGCAGCACAAUGCCAGCUCUGCCCCUGGACCAGCUCCAGCUCACCCACCAGGACCCGAGGACAGGAAAGCCGAGGACUUCACCAGCGCUGGUGAGCUGGGCCUGGAGGCCACUCAGCCCGAUGCACCCCGAGCAGAAGGCAGACCGGUAUUUUGUGUUGUACAAACCGCCCCCUAAAGACAACAUUCCCGCCCUAGUGGAGGAGUACCUGGAACGCGCCACCUUCGUAGCCAAUGACCUCGACUGGCUCCUGGCCCUGCCUCACGACAAAUUCUGGUGCCAGGUUAUCUUCGACGAGACCCUGCAGAAGUGCCUGGAUUCCUACCUGCGCUAUGUCCCUCGGAAGUUUGACGAGUGGGUGGCCCCAACCCCUGAGGUUGUUGACAUGGAGAGGCACCUCCACCGGAGUGUAUUUCUCACCUUCCUCCGCAUGUCUACUCACAAGGAAUCCAAAGAUCACUUCAUCUCCCCCUCAGCGUUUGGAGAAAUCCUCUACAAUAACUUCCUCUUUGACAUCCCGAAGAUCCUGGACCUCUGCGUGCUCUUUGGAAAAGGCAACUCUCCGCUGCUUCAGAAGAUGAUAGGAAACAUCUUUACCCAGCAGCCGAGUUACUACAGUGACCUGGAUGAAACCAUGCCCACCAUCCUCCAGGUCUUCAGCAAUAUCCUCCAGCACUGUGGUCUGCAGGGGGAGGGGGCCAGCACGGCGCCCCAGAAGCUGGAGGAGAGGGGCCGGCUGACGCCCAGCGACAUGCCUCUCCUGGAACUCAAGGACAUUGUUCUCUACCUUUGCGAUACCUGCACUACACUCUGGGCCUUUCUGGACAUCUUCCCUUUGGCUUGCCAAACCUUCCAGAAACACGACUUCUGCUCCAGAUCUUGCCAAGUCACCCUCCAUAGGGGUUGUUCCAAUUUACCCUCCCACCAGCAAUGUAUCCUGGCAACCACUGAACAUUUCUGGGCCAGACUGCCCUCUCUGUCCUCUUCUGGUGCCAUGCCGAGUAAGGCCUGCCUCUUUUGGCCUGGUUGUCCUCUGCUCCGGGUAGCCCCACAAUGGAGUAUACGUUGCCAGAAGCACACCGAUCGACUAGCUUCCUUUUAUGAAGUGGCCAUUCCCGAAAUGGAGUCUGCAAUCAAGAAGAGGAGGCUUGAAGACAGCAGGCUGCUGGGAGACCUGUGGCAGAGGCUCUCCCAUUCCAAGAAGAAGCUGAUGGAGAUUUUCCACACCAUUCUCAAUCAGAUCUGCCUGCUUCCCAUCCUUGAAAGCAGCUGUGACAACAUUCAGGGCUUCAUCGAAGAGUUUCUUCAGAUCUUCAGCUCCUUGCUGCAAGAGAAGAGGUUCCUGCGGGACUAUGACGCACUCUUCCCUGUGGCUGAAGACAUCAGCUUGCUGCAGCAGGCCUCGUCGGUCCUGGACGAGACGCGGACGGCCUACAUCCUCCAGGCAGUGGAGAGCGCGUGGGAAGGGGUGGACAGACGGAAAGGCACAGACACUAAGGACCCAUCGGUGGCCGAGGACCUCAAUGGGGAUUCUCAUGGGGUCUCAGUGACGGCAGAACCAAUCAGUGAACGACCGUCACACCCAGAGAACUCGGAGGAAGAGGAGUGCCUGGGAGCAGCCGCUGCCCUGGCCCCCGCUGUGAGCGGCGUGGAGCUGGACUCGCUCGUCUCCCAGGUGAAGGACCUGCUGCCAGACCUGGGCGAGGGCUUCAUCCUGGCCUGCCUGGAGCACUACCACUACGACCCAGAGCAGGUGAUCAACAACAUCCUGGAGCAGCGGCUGGCCCCCGCCCUCAGCCAGCUGGACCGCAGCCUGGACAGACAGGUGAAGCCAGACCCCACGCCCCUGCUCACCUCUCGUCACAACGUCUUCCAGAACGACGAGUUUGAUGUGUUCAGCAGGGACUCCGUGGACCUGAGCCGGGUGCACAAGGGCAGGAGGAAGCAGGAGAACACGCGGAGCCUGGUCAACGACAAGCGGGCGGUGGCAGCGCAGCGGCAGCGCUACGAGCAGUACAGCGUGGUGGUGGAGGAGGUGCCCCUGCAGCCGGGGGACUACCAAGGUGACGACUACGAGGACGAGUAUGACGACACCUACGACGGCAACCAGGUGGGCGCCAACGAUGCGGACUCGGAUGAUGAGCUCAUCAGCCGCAGGCCCUUCACCACCCCUCAGGUGCUGAGAACCAGGGUGCCCAGAGAAGGGCAGGAGGAAGACGACGAGGACGACGACGAGGAGGCUGAGACCGAGGCCCCCAAGCCCGACCAUUUCGUGCAAGACCCUGCAGUGCUGAGGGAGAAGGCCGAAGCCAGGCGCAUGGCCUUCCUCGCCAGGAAGGGGUACCGGCAUGACAGCUCGGCCGCAGUGGCCGGCAGCCCACGGGGCCACGGGCAGAGCCGUGAGACAACGCAGGAGCGCCGGAAGAAGGAAGCCAACAAGGCGACAAGAGCCAAGCACAACCGGAGAACCAUGGCCGACCGCAAGAGGAGCAAAGGCAUGAUCCCAUCCUGAGGCCGCCGCGCCAGGGCCCAGCCCCUGGGAAGGCCGCCUCACUGCCUACCAGCCCGCCGCGAGCGCUCCUUGCAGAACACACAGUGCCUUAACCACAGCGAGCAGGCACCUUCCCCUAGCUGUGCCGGCGGGAGAGGGGCGGGGCCGGAGCCCCAAGGCCCCCAACCUCAUGCAGCGAGACACUGCUUCCCGGUCAACAGGAAACCUGUGUAUUCACAAACAAAAAAGACCUGCAAAUAAAGUUUUUGACC